AGGAGAGGGGGAAGGGGAGAUACAAGACAUCCAGGAACCCAGUGGCUACCCUUCUCCCUGCACCAGCAAAUAUGGAUGGAUAUCUUUAGGUUACUGCCACUCACAAUUCAGUUGAAGGUGGGAUGGGGCAGAGGGACCUUCAAUCCAUAUUCCUGCCCCUGGACUCUUAGAUGGGUGGGAAGACCUCAGCCUUGGCAGUUACUGUUUCCAGACUCUUCCUGGUGUAGGGAGCAGUAGUUCCUACUGAGAUGCUGUGGUUCUCCAAAGAACUCCCCAUGGCCAACGGAAGAAAUGGCUAAAGACUGGAUUCUGGGGGGAGAGGCAAGGGAAGAGGGCUGUGAUGGAACAAGAAGGUAUCUGGACUAAAUCUCUCCACACCUCAAGCUGUGCCAGGUCCCUCAAUAAAGAAUUACCAGGAGCUUCCUAGGUUGACUUGGUUAGACUGCCUGUGAAUGAAUGCCUUUCUGUGAAACGUUUUUUUAAUGCCUGGGGGGCGACAGAGAGGAGGUUCCUGUCUAUUCCGGUGUAUCUUUACCUCCGACCAUCUAAUUCCUUCACAUCUCUUCAUUUUGGUCUUUCUCCAGUAAUUCUAUCUGCCCGCCUCCCUUUUUUUCGACUUUUUCUCUGCUGCCCUGCCCCAUCAGUGACGUGUAACGAUUCCCUUGGGGGUUCCCAGCAGGUAAAAGGUCAAGCCCCUCUGACCUCCACCCUUUGGUUUUCCCGCCCACUUUGCGGCCCUCCAUGCGCCAUUUUCUCAUAUUUCCCCACCCAAAUGGGCGGGUUCCCGUUAGGGGGCGCCACGCCCCCCUGCUGAGUUAGCACCUUUUUAGUACUUGCGUACCUGGGUUGCCGCGUUGGGUGGAGGAGGGACCUCCGGACCAGGUCCUUUCCUAGGUAAGAAGGGUCUGGGCGUUGAACUGGGCCUGGCCGGGUCUGGGGCACCUUGGGUCCAAAAGGGCCCUACCUCGUGGGAUUCAAGGCCAGCCAGGGAGGGAAGGGGAUUUUGGGCUCCAGGUCAUGGUCCUACUUAAGUGUGGCAGGAGAGCCAGAAACAGGGUCUCUGGUCUGAGGGAAGAAACAGUGGGAGCAGGGUGCCCAGAAUGCUGGAGGAAAGGUCCGCAGGUGGGGGGGUUGGGAGUGGGAGACAUAAGAUGCCCAGGUAGAAGAAUUAUGAAGCAGGACUCCCAUAUGACUAAAAUGGUGAAGAGGAGGUAGUCUGUGUGCUCUCCCCCAGUAUGAUCCCCUGUCUUCCCCUUGGGGAAGGAGAGGAAGGUCUGGAGAAAGACCCUCUGGAUGGACAAGAGGACAAUGGCUUUGGAGAAGAGAGGCCAGGGGAUGUCCCCCAACCAGAUUGCCCAACUUCCCACCCAGAGCCUCAAAGAGAAGAGUCAGCCAGCUCCCUGGGAACCAGAUUAUAAGAAAGAAACAGUAUUUGAAAGGGCAGGAAAUUGUGGGCCUGGUACCUCAGUCUCAUACAGGACCAUCUGGCAUCCAUCUUUCUAUGCCCUGUAUGAUGCCCAGUGUCGUGACCCCCAAACACUAGUUCCACCUGAAAUAGAGGGGAAUCAAGACAGCUCCCAAUGGGAUGAAGGUUUUCCUGCCCUCGGCUCUGAAGAUUUCUUUUUCUCGGACCCUCUCUUGCCUUCCAGUGCUCGGAUUCCCCUUAGUCUGUCCCAGCCUCCCCAACAGGUACUGAGGAGAUCUGGGCGGCUUCUUACCCCACCUCCUAUAAUGUCAGUCUGGCCACAGCCUAUCUUGACCUGGCAGAGCGGUCCAGAGAUAACAGCUAUUACCAGCCUACUUGAGAUGAGCCAAGGGGGCACUGAAUCAGCACCCCCUACUUCAAAGGCCAGCUAGCCAAGCGUGGUUCUCUCCUCUCAGCCUGCUCUACUCCCUGGGAGUUCAGUAGAGCAAAGAUACAUACAUACACCCCACCCCCACCCCCCAGUCUCAUCUCCUGUUGCUAGUAUUGGGAGUGAACUGAAGGUUCCUUUCUGCCCAGAUCCCACUGCCACACACCCCCCACCCACCUCCAACCUUUCCUAUGUAUGUAUAUGGCUGUGUUGGGCUGAAUAAAGAGGGUAAUGUGUAUUCAAGUGUCCCACAAUA